AUGCAACGUAUAUUGAAGCUUUACUUGGAUGGAACUGCUAUAAAAGAGAUUCCUUCUUCCAUUGGUCUCUUAAAAAAUCUUAAAGUGCUUUCUUUUGGUGGAUGUAAGGGGUUAUCAUCAUUUAAAUCCACAUCUUGCUAUGAUCUCCUCCAUUUUAAUUCAAUGCCAAAAAGUCCACAUCCUGUGGGAUUGUCCUCUAUUUGGGGUUUGUGUUCUUUGGCCCAAUUGAAUCUAAGAGAUUGCAAUCUCACGGAAAUUCCUGAUGAUAUUGGUUACUUAUUCUGUUUAACAGAAAUAGAUUUAAGGGAAAAUAGUUUCAUUUGUCUUCCUGACAGCAUUGGUGGUCUAUUUAAGUUGAGAACCUUGGAUUUGGAGAAUUGCAGGAGUCUUCGAUCAUUGCCAAAGCUUCCAAUAAGUAUCAUAACUAUUGUGGGAUAUGGUUGUACCUCACUAGAAACAAUACCAGAUCUACUAAAACCAAAUUCUAUAUGUGAGCCAGAGCUUUAUUUUUCAAAUUGCAGUAAACUGGCUGACAAUAAAGCUAUCAUUGACAUGUUUUUUACAGUGAUAAGAAAGCACCUUCAGGUCUCUCUCUCUCUCUCUCUCUCUGUUAUAAACAACUUGCUUUGUAUGUUUCAGGGACUCUCUCUUGAGGAUAGAUAUUACGAUGAAGAGUAUGAUAGUAGUUAUCACAUUGUUAUUCCUGGAAGUGUAAUUCCGAAGUGGUUUAGCCAUCGAAGUAUGGGGGCUGAAGUCAAUAUAAAAGUUGAAACUUCUUCUCAUUUGUGUGAUGAGUGGAUGGGCAUUGCUGGUUGCGUGGUAUUUUCUUGUCUUCCACAUCACCACUUCGGGGGUUACUGCAGCUGCAAAUUUUCCUGUCAGUUGAUAGUCAAUGGAGGUGAAAUGACUUAUGUCCCAGGCCCUAGAAGCGUGGUUGGUUUAUCAGAUCAAAUGUGGCUAUUUUAUUUGCUUCCUCAAUACUACGUGAAGGAGGACAUAAAAUUACUUCAGGAAUGUGAAGAAAAUGAAUUUAGUCAGAUUGGCAUUAAAAUUGAAGCGGAAGGUUCAGGCAUGAAGGUGAAGAAAUGCGGGUUCUGUAUGGUAUAUAAGAAAGAUGUAGAAGAUCUCAAUCAAAUUGUGGCUCAGAGUAGCAACACCAGUCAUUAUUUUGACAAUUCCACGGUGGUAGCAGAAGGUAACAAAGCAAAGCAAACCCAUGAUGAUUAUGAUGGGGCUGGACCUAGUGGAGAAGGAAGCUCUAGUGAACUCCCACACCCACAAAGGAAUGAAAGAUUCAUAGAAUUUAUGGCCAAUGGUGACUCUGAUUGUGAGGAGUACUUGGAAUGCAGUGAGGAGCUCGGUGAUUGGCAGAAAUCUAGUGAAAGUGACUUGGAAGGUUGA